AUGAUCCCGUUUUCACAAGAACCCUAUACUAUAGCGCGAACACGUUUGAUUCGGAUCAGUGUACGAUUGAAACCGUUUAUUUACAAACAGUUCACAAAAACCGAUAUGCCCGAAUUGACUGACCUGUUCCGAAUUCAAGUGCCCAAUUCUGUGAACAGUUCCGUCCAGUUUCACAAAAUGGGAUUGCCGGGUAAACGUCUUGAAGGAUUGCUUUCAACCAAAUUCCUGAUCUAUCUUGGUUCACCCAGAGGCCUGGUUAAACUGAUAUUGUUCUACGAGUUAGGCACACCAGAGUGGGUUGAGUGUGGCCUGAAAACAAUGCAAAAUUUGACCGACUCAAAUGUACCGAGCGAGAUCCAAGACAGCAGUGUAUGGUUCGAUAGUAGAGGAGAAAAUUUUGUCAAGUUUCAAACAACUUGUCAUUUGCUACCGAACCAGUUGGCCAUGCUUUUGAUCAUUGCCAACACAUUCGACCCAAAAGCAAAUAUCGAAAAGAUACAUACCGCUUUGGUCAUGAAUUUCUCCAAGACUGUAAUCCAAUGGGAAUUGAGGACAAAUCAUACUGAACAGGUUCAACUUCAUUCGUCCAUUUAUGGCUAUGUGACUUUUCAAUUAGUCCGAGUUCGCAUUGGUUGGAGAGCCACUAUUCGACCAACCGAUCCAAUUAUUCUAUUCGGUGGUGCAAACAUGGCAACCCAGAAACUGCCAACCUGUUAUUAUGCGAUCGAGUUAAAUUCGAAUAAGCCACAGCUUAUCAGUUUAGAGCGCAGCGAAUUUUUUCUCUAUCCCCGACCCCAAAACGGGAGUUAUGAACUGAUCAAGCCACGAGUUAGACCGCAAGAUUCCGGCUAUUAUUGGUGUCAGUUGGAAAGUUGUAGGGAAUGUCGAUUGCAAGAACGCGGAGCUCCCCGACGAUUGAUUGUUCUCCCAACUAGUUUGACCGUAACCGUGUUGAUAUUGGAUAACUACGUGGACACGGAUCAGUUGAGGAAAGCUAACAGUCCUUUAUCAGGUCAGGUGAAUUCGACACUAAUUGUCUACACGGAACAAUCGUAUUUUGCGUUCUGUGAAUUACUUAUCACCAAAGGUACCAUCAUGCCAGUUCAGAUGAAUCUAAGCUAUACAUAUGGUACAGCUGAUAAGAGUGUAAUACAAUCCUUAUCAUACGAGUUUCGUAAUCGCAGAAGCCUAGAGUAUCCCAACUAUACGACCGUAUUGGACACAUAUCAGUUCAUGACACCCGAAGUGAAGAUUGCAAAACACAUCUUAGAAAUGCGUUGUGAGUUACAGUUAGCGGCUAGUAUUCCGGUCGAAGAUGUGAACGAGAAUCUGGAACAGGCCGUGUUGACCAAUCACAAGAAAUUAAAACUUAGACAGUUUCAUCCACCCCAGAUCAAAUGGACCACGUUCUACACCGAUCGGACGGAGCUUACUGAACUGAUUCGACUAAAUCUAACCGAUUCGCCCAAUGUGACCAGUUUCAAUGAA